GACAGUGUUCCACUGUUGUCGGUGCGGUAACGCCAAGGCGGGAGGGGGUUAGGGACCGCGACGGGAUCGGCGUGUCCCCAGCUUUAUUCCCGCUGGAGUUCGCGAACGCUGUCCGACGCCGUACGCUCGUCUUUGCCGGGCGCUUCUGCACGCACCGGGUGAAGAACGCGUUUGCUUUCGCACGCGCCGCUCAGAUGAGCGGAGGGGAGCGAGACUCGGACGUCCCCCCCUCCGACCGCUAGGACAGUCCUGCUGUCUGGCUGCUGCCCUGUUGAUGGCGUUCUGCCAGCCCGCUGGUGACCGCUGCCGCACUCAGCAUCUCGCCGCCUGACUUCGGAGGAGGAGGAUGAUCUGCCCCCCCGUCGCCUGAAUGCGAGCGAGAGAAGGGCUCUGACGCCCGCCUUUCUGACCGAGGCCCGCCGAGACGCCAAUGGGUUAGCGCGCGUCCGCUUUGGCUACAGGAAGCCUGCUGACGGCGCUCGCGCUCUCGCCCCCUCCUCUUCAGCUCUCCCCCACGUCGGACUGUACGCCGCGCAAGACCCGCGGGGACGGCGCGAUACCCCCUCCCCCCCCCGCUUGUUGCAGGCGCCGUUGAGUUGAGUGUCGUGGCUCCGUAUCCCUUGGGCGCGAAGCGGGGGACGCCUUUCGGGAGCUGGCCCCUUUCGCCGGUGACCUUUGCGGGGAGUGGCCGUCGACACCGCCAUGGCCAGGAUGAACCGGCCCGCCCCGGUGGAGGUGUGCUACAAGAACAUGCGCUUCCUCAUCACGCACAACCCAACCAACGCCACCCUCAGCACGUUCAUCGAGGAUCUGAAAAAGUACGGUGCCACGACGGUGGUUCGAGUGUGCGAAGUCACCUAUGAUAAAACGCCCUUGGAGAAGGACGGGAUCACCGUCAUGGACUGGCCCUUUGACGACGGCGCCCCCCCUCCCACCAAGAUUGUGGAGGACUGGCUGGAUCUGCUGAAGAGCAAGUUCUGCGAGGACCCCGGCUGCUGUGUGGCGGUGCACUGCGUGGCAGGCCUGGGCAGAGCGCCGGUCCUGGUGGCCUUGGCGCUCAUUGAAAGUGGGAUGAAGUAUGAAGAUGCCAUACAGUUUAUUAGACAGAAGCGCAGGGGUGCAAUCAACAGCAAGCAGCUGACCUACCUGGAGAAAUACCGGCCCAAGCAGAGACUGCGCUUCAAGGACCCUCACAAUCACAAGAACAAGUGCUGCAUCAUGUGACCCCCAUGACCUGCUGCUGCCGGAAGACAAAAGUUGACAAACGAACCAAUGGCAACCAGGCAAUCUGGACUGCAACCCUAUAAGUCUGAAACAAAGUGCUUUGUCUAUCAACAGGGGAGGGGAGGGUGCUCUUCUCCAGGAUGCAUCUUCAGCUCAGGGCUGUCAAAGACAUGCCUCUUGAAUUUCAUUUGUGUUUUUUAAAAACAAAACCCAAGUGCUGGCUGUUUAGCAUACAAAAGUCGACAACUGGGGCAGCACACCUCACCAAAGUGCACUGUACGCGCCUGGAUGUUUCCACAUCACUGCCCCCACAGCGACAAUUUGGCUCUCGGUAACACCGUUGGUCAGUACUGCAGCCUCCUCUUUGUCUACUUGGUGACUUCUCCCUAACCCCAAAGACCGUUAGUGCAACUCAUCCAUCAUCCUGUUCUUUCCUCUUAUUGACCUCAUACUUUCAAGAGCAUCAAUGCCAAUCAUACUCGAUCCUGUUUUCUUUGGUCUAGUCAUUGACCAACCCAAUCCAAGAGCAUUGACAUCUUCCUCCCUUCCUCGUUGCUCCUGUUCCUUGGUGUACCACCCAAGCAAGAGUGUCAGUUCCACUCAUAGUCCAUCCUACAUCCUGUUCUUUGGUCUACUCGAUGACACCUCAGUCGAAGAAGGGUAUCAGCGCAACAUUGUAGCCCAUCCUCAAUCCUGAUCUUUGGUUGACUUGAUGUCCACUUUCAUCCAAGAGCCUCAGUCCCACUUGUACUCCAUCCUACAUCGUGUUCUUUGGUCUAGUCAACGACAUCCCCACUCCAAGAGCAUCAGUGCCACUUGUAGUCCAUCCUCAAUCAUGCUCUUUGGUCCAUUCAAUGACCACCUCAAGCCUAGACCAUCAAAGCCACUCCUACUGCAGUUGACAUAACAUAAUGGUUGGUGGAUCUUCUUAAGUGUGCACCCAUAUGGACAUAAAGUGAAAUUGUUGAAUUUUUUUUUUCCACCUGCCAUGUAUAAUUUGAUAACUUUAUGUAUAGAUUAUCUCAUUGUGAAUAUCCCCCUGUAAACCACCCCAUGCAUCUGGGAGAGUGGGGAAUAGGUGUGUGUAUUUGUCUGUGGGGGGCUGUUUUUAUAAUGAAGUUUUAUUUUCUACAAGGUCUAAUAUAAAGUUCUCUGGGUUUAAUAUUUUAGCCCCACCCACCCAUGGUGUCCAGUCACACUGAAUAACAUUGAAAGACUUUGUGUGCAGAAGAUGCAACCAGGUCUGGGUCAAAAGUUGAUCAACCUGGACCUGUUUUACUGCUGGGUGCACCGAAAUCAUGUCCUACUUAGUUGUUUGGGCAGCUGUACUUUGGGUGUCUUGGGAUACCAUAACAUUUUCUCCUGCCUUGGAAGUAACCCACUUCAGUUUAUUGUUAAUAAAAGGUAAUAAAGUACAUGUUUUAAAUUCU